ACUUGUGGGCUAAGUCCCACCAACUCCAUAAUAUAUUUGGAUUUGGAGAGCUUGGGAUAUAGUUUCAUUUGCGGAGAGAUUUACAAUAUAUUUCCCACCUCUCCAAUUUUCUCCCAUCUUCACAUAGCUAUGCUUAGUAAAAGAACCCAUCCCAUGAUGGAAAGAUUAUCUGAAUUAUUUGUUUCCGGCAACCGUGGUGGAUUCUUGGAUGUUUCCAGUGCUAGUCCAAGAAGUGCAUUGGAGUACAGACUUCAAUCACCUAGAGGUCUAAAGAAUUAUGAUCUUGGUGGGGUUGGCUUGGGUAUUGUUGCUGCCCUUGAGAAACCUAGCAGUGAUGGGGGACAUGAAAUUUUAGCAAAAUAUGCAAUUUACAGUCCAAAUAUGAAUAGGUCGGAUCCUAUUUCUGUUAGUUCUGGUAAAAACUGUGAGAGAUGCAACAACUGUGAUCUUAAGGAAAUGGAGAUGGAAAGCUUGGAGGAUUAUACUUACGUCACAAGCCAUGGACCUGAUAAGUCCUCGACUAAGGUGUAUUAUGAUAAUGGAAAAAAAGGGCACGAUAGAAUUGGUGUUGUUUCUAUGGAUAGAGAAUCGCCGGCGAGAUUUGUCGAUGAAGCUGCGUUGUAUCCCACCUCAGAUUUUCUCAGUUCAUGUCACUUGUGCAGGAAAAGGCUCCAUGGGAAAGACAUAUACAUGUACAGAGGAGAGAAAGCAUUCUGUAGCAUGGAGUGUCGAUCAAGACAAAUAAUGAUAGACGAGCGCAAGGAACAGUGCAGAUCAAAGGUUUCAAGAUCUGCAGAUGUUUCAAGCUCCUCUUACACAAGAAGCCCUAUCUUCUCAACUGGAAUUCUUGCCAUUUAGACCUGAUAUAUAAAACAUAUCUUCAUCACCCACUGCCUAUAUCUCCAAGAAAAUUAUAUAGAUUUAUAAUUUUGAAAAGGAAUUUUUUUUUUUCCUUUUUUAGAUAUUAGGGAAGAGUUUAUGCUGUAGCCAAAAUUAUGAAGUUGAAGAUGCAAAUUGGAUA